UGAGGCCUCCCUGAAGAUGCCGCACGCCCUCCUCCUGCAUUCGCCGCCCUGGAGGACAGGCCGGCGGGUCCUGGCCGCCCACGACGCCUAUUCCGAGCCAUAUAAGCGGUCUCGGGGCCGGAGGGAGCGCGCCUCCUGGCCCCUGUGCCCAAGUCCCGGCCUGCAGACGCAGGAUGAGGGGCGUGCUGCUGGCCACGCUCCUGGCCGUGGUCUCCGGGCCCGGGGCCCAGGGGCUGUGGCUGGGAAGGCUGAGCCCCAACCAGCUUCUGGGCUCCUGGUACAUCCUGGCCGUGGCCUCCGGGGAACGGGGCUUUGUGCUGGAGAGAGCCACCAAGAGCGUCGAGGGGGUGGUGGUGACGCUGACGCCUGGGAACCGGCUGCAGGUGCGCUCCUCACGGCACAGGCUGGAGAGGUGCGAGCUGAGCGUUGUGGAGCUGCUGAAGCAGAAGUCCAGCUGGGUGUUUGAGAACCCCUCCCUGGGCGUGAUGCAGUACCGCGUGCUGGGCACCAACUUCCGGGACUUCGCCGUGGUCCUCACGCAGCUGGAGUCCGGGGACGAGGCCUUCAACACCCUGGAGCUCUACAGUGGGUCUCAGGCGCCCUGUCCCCAGGCCGCACAGAGCUGGCCAGCCCGGAGGCCAUGCGCCUCUUUGCCAAAUGGAGCCAGGGCUUGGGCUUCCUCGCACAGCAGCAGGCCCAGCUGCAGCCGGACUUCACCUGCGCACACAAGGUCCUCCAGGUGAGCCGCCCCUGAGCGCGGCCUGGGCCAGCGGCGGCGGGGCCAAGGGCUUGAAGCCUUGAAAGGCUGGGAGACGCCCACCUCCUGGGGUGAUCCAAGCCCCCCUUCUUGGUUUCCAGUGAACACUGCAGCUGCAGGGCCCGUACCCCCGUGUCCUGGUGG